AUGAUACUUGGUGUGAGUGACGAGUACAUCCAGCUGAGGAUUGUUCGAUCUUGUCUCCUCCAAGCAACAAAAACUGGAUUGAUCACUCCUGGACUCAGAUCAUUCUCCGGACAGAUAGAGGAAGGAAUGGAUGCCAUUGUUGAGCUUUGUCCAGAUCCAAUCGAACCAGAGAAAGAAGAAGAUUAUGUCGAAGUAGAGGCCAUGCUACAUCCACCAUUAGUGAUGUUAACUCCUUGGGAAACGGUAACACACUGUAAGAUUGGUGGUUAUGAUGUUUAUCUCAAAACAAGGAUCCAUAUCAAUGUGUGGGUGAUUGGUAAGGAUCCCAGGGUUUGGGACAACCUUGAAGAAUUCAACCCAGAGAGAUUUAUGAAUAGUGACAUCAAUUUCAGAGGACAACAUUUUGCGUUGGUGCCAUUAGGAGCUGGAAGAAGGCUUUAUCCGGGCAUGAAUAUGGCAACUAUGAUCAUGGAGCUCACGCUCGCUAAUCUUCUCUACUCUUUUGAGUAG